ACACUAAAGUGAUCAUUCAUCACAUAUAUAUCUUCUCUCCUCAUAUAGAAAAAACACACAAAAAAGGUUCCAUAUCUUUACUCAACACUGACUUAGUUUGUCCUUAGAAUUUCAGGUAUGAUCAUAAGAGAAAAAGCUGUUGCUCAGAAGCGGCUUCCAACAAAGUCCUUCAGUUCUCUUUUAUGGGUAUAUGCCCAUUUGCUUCUUCUAAUGAUACUUUCAGUACCAUCAGUUUUCUCUGGCCAAGUUGUCAAGUUCUUGCCAGGAUAUGAUGGUGAACUUCCCUUCAAGCUUGAAACUGGAUACAUCAGUGUUGGUGACUCUGAGCUGUUCUAUUAUUUUAUUGAGUCACAAGGGAACCCUCAAGAGGACCCUCUUUUUCUUUGGCUCACUGGCGGCCCUGGAUGUUCUGCUUUCAAUGGACUUAUUUAUGAAAUUGGUCCAAUGGAGUUUGACAUUGAGAACUAUACUGGGGGUUUACCAAAGUUGAAAGAUUAUGAAUAUGCCUGGACAAAGACUGCAAGCAUAAUAUUUCUAGAUCAGCCCGUGGGCUCGGGUUUCUCCUAUGCAAGGACCGCUGAAGGUUGGCCUACUUCAGACUCCAAAUCAGCAGAACAAUCCUAUCAAUUCCUCAAGAAGUGGUUGAACGAAAACCCAAAAUAUCUCAAUGUUCAACUAUUUGUUGGUGGUGAUUCUUAUUCAGGCAUCACUGUCCCUUUAGUCACCAAAAAAAUAACGGACGGCAAUAAAGAAAAAGUCAAGCCAUUUAUGAAUCUUAAAGGGUAUUUGCUUGGAAGCCCGCAUACAGAUUCAGUUAUUGAUGAAAAUUCAAAAAUUAUAUUUGCUCACCGGAUGGCACUUAUAUCUGAUGAGAUGUAUGAGGCAGCCAAGAAAAGUUGUAAUGAGAACUAUGUAACUGUGGAUCCAGCAAACACAGCAUGUUUAGUUGCUCUUGGUGAUAUCCAUAAGUGUGUGAAGGAUCUAUUUAGGAAUGAUAUUUUAGAACCCAAGUGUACUUUUGCAUCUCCGGAACAAGAAGAACAACAGGAUCGGAGAUCUCUUAAAGAAGGCCAUUCAGAUUUCGUACUCUCACCACCGAUGAUUCCUAGCCUUUGGUGCCGCACUUUUAAUUAUGCACUCUCCUACACGUGGGCGAAUGACGACACAGUUCAAGAAGCUUUACAUGUUCGGAAGGGGACUGUAUGGAAUUGGAAGAGGUGCAACAAGAGCCUAUCAUACACUAAAGAUGUCCUCAGUGUCGUCCCUGUUCAUAGAGAACUCAGUAAAUUAGGCCUACAAGUACUGGUAGAAUGUGGUGACCGCGACCUGGUUGUUCCAUAUGUGGGCACGGUAAAAUGGAUAACGUCUCUCAAUUUGACUGUUGUGAGUGAAUGGAGGCCAUGGUUUGUCGAUGGUCAAAUUGCAGGAUACACAAAGAAGUAUUCAGAGAACGGUUUUCGUUUGACAUAUGCAACUGUAAAGGGUGCUGGCCACACUGCUCCAGAGUACUACCGCCGGGAAUGUUACAACAUGUUUGAUAGAUGGAUACAUUAUUAUCCUAUCUAGUUUACACUAGCAGGUUGUCGAUUCUAUUAAAAAUUGUUGCUCAUUCAUGUAUUGAGAUGCCUAAUCCAAAAUAUUGAACAUUUUGUAAGACGAAGAUAAAUGCUUAUGAUAAAUGUACACGAUUAUGGAAAUAAAAGCAAUGUACAUUGUAAAACUA